GUACAUGUAUACAUUAUCAAAGAAGACACAAACUCUCAAACUGAUAAAUGUGAUCGAUGAUUUCAUUUGCUUUACAGAAAUCCUAUCUCAGAACAAGAAGACCGAACAGGCUAAGGAGUUACCCUUCUGCCAACAAACUGGAACAUGUCAGCAGUAUCAAUCCAGUCGUGCAGUAGACGGAGACAUUAACACGUGUACAAGGACAACACCUAUUGGAACUACAACUUCAGAAGAAUGGAUAUGGUGGUAUGUUGACCUUCAGAAAGUACUCAGCAUCGUCAGCAUCAGAAUACAGUUCAGAGACUAUGGAGAACAAUAUGUCAUAAGACAAAGAGGACGUUUUGCUGGUUUUUCGCUCCAUGUGUCAAACACAACUAUAAAGGAGGAUGGGUAUCUAUGUUACAAGAACGGACAGGAGUUACCGACCUUGGAUUUCAAUACACCUUGCGUCAAACAUAGACGUUACGUUAUAUUUUACAAUGAAAGACUUGAUGGAACAACUUAUCCUACCGGGUAUGAAACUGGCUCAGUUCACACUGAAUUGUGUGAAGUAACUGUGACAGGUUGUGAAGAAUCAGGUGUGUUUGGAUAUAACUGUGAUGUACCCUGCCCAAGCAACUGUCAGGAAAUGAGAUGUGACAUUGUCCAUGGAACGUGUUUGGGUUGUACUGCGGGAUGGGUGGGGGAGUUUUGUAACACAUCAUGUCCAGCUGGAUAUUACGGUCUACAGUGUAGAUCUACGUGUACUGGACACUGCAGAGACAACCUGUCCUGUAACCACACUACUGGACAAUGUGACUGUGGCUGUGACAAUGGAUGGACAGGAGUACAUUGUAACAAACAGUGUACUGCAGAAUCAUACGGCCCUGAUUGUAUGUAUAACUGUAGUGGACAGUGUCUGAGUUACCGUCCCUGUAACAGGACAACAGGGAGAUGUGAUGGAGGCUGUAAUCCAGGAUAUACCGGAGAACUCUGUGAUAAAGAGUGUCCUCCAGAAACAUAUGGUUCAAAUUGUCUGUAUAUCUGUGGUGAACGUUGUCUUAGUGACUUACCUUGUAACUCGACAUCAGGAAUACAUGAUGGUUGUUGUAAUUCAGGAUAUACCGGGGAACCCAUUGGCAAAGGUGUGUUUAUUGCACUAACAUUUAAUUAGGUAAUAAUUUGUUCAAUAUCAGUCCUUAUCGAAUAUUCUAUCCACCAAUACAGCUCUAAAGUUUUCGAAUGAAAUCGAAACAGAACUAGCUUUACAGCUGUAUUACCAACUUAUUUUCAGUUGUAAAGUACGCCAUAAUAUUUCAAAACAUAAAUCAAUAU